AUGAAGCGACAGGUGCUGGUGGAGUUCGUGGUGCUAGUGCUGCUUCUGGUGCAAAGCGUGUUUCUGCAUGUGUUUCCUGGCCAAGUUAUCCAUGGCAUUGCUGCCGCAGUUCUUGUGCUCGCUUUCGUUCUCCACACCUGGCGGGUGGAACUUACCCCAGGGUAUAUCUUGUUUCUGCUCAACGCCGGAUGCGGUUUGACGCUGCGAGCACCGCCCCUGUGGCUUGGAUGGGUCCAAGGUGUGCUUUUCAUCUUUGUGAUUGCGGCCACAUUUCUGUUUCCGUUGCCACUGUUUCCACCGCCGUCGCCGUUGCAUCCCCACGUCGGAUGUGUCUCGAUGCGCCUCCGCGGCGUGGACUGCCGCAUCUUCUACCCCACAAACGCCAAGGACGUUGGGAAGGCCCUUCCAUACUUGCAUCACGGCAAGCACCUCGCCAUCGGUUUGCACACGUUUAUCAAGCUCCCCGCAUGGUUCUUUGCCUCCUUGUCGAACGGCACGCUGUGGGCAAGGGGUGAUGUCCCCCUCGCGAAAGCGCCGCACCCGACGAAUGGCUGGCCCGUGAUGAUUUUCUCGCAUGGCAUGGGAGGCAGCCUUGAAAUGUACUCGAGCAUCACGCAAUACGUAGCCAGCGAAGGAUUCGUGGUAAUUGUUGUGAACCACGACGACGGAUCUGCUUCAGUGUCGCGGAAUGUGGACGAAAUCACAUACUCUUAUUACCAGCGGCCGCCGCAGUCCGCUCUGGACGACUGGGUAGGCGAAGGUUACUUCAUCCGCAACAAGCAGGUGCACGCACGGGUUCGCCACGUUCGGGCCGUGCUGGACGCGCUGGUGGACUUGCAAACCGAUGAAGGCGGGCUGUUUUACGAGGGCCUGAACUUGGACCAUGUGGCUGCAGCCGGUCACUCCUUCGGUGGUGCCACCGUUCUCACUGCGGCCAAGCGAGACUCGCGCAUCAAGGUUGUGGUCGGGUUGGACAUGUGGUUGGAACCCAUUGACGCCGAUGUUGUCGCAGAAGGGGUUCCGGAUGUGGCAGUGUGCAGCAUCAUUUCCCAGCACUGGAUGGACGAAUGGGAUUCGCAUUUUGAACAGCUCAAGACGAUGGCGCGGCGGUGCCGCCAUCCAUCAUCGGCGUUCUUUGCAUUGGCACAAACCCGGCACAACAACUUUUGCGACUUGGCAUUGUUUUCUCCGUACUUGAACCAGUACUUCAAAGCGUCCGGGAAGAUUCGACCCACGUACAUGCUCCAUAUGGUCGGCCAACUCAUGGGUGCAUAUCUCCGAGAGAACCUGGAAGGCGAAACCGGCGGCGUCUUCCAUCAUCAGCGUCACCAGUACCCCGAGCUCAUUCCCCUAGACGACGACGACGGCUCGACCGCGACCUCGCAGAGUGAGAAGACGGCGCAAACGUUCGACAAAGGUCCUGAUCGAGCCAACUCCUCUUCGCACCAAGUGCAUGUCUUGCAAACAGGAGACGAUUAUUACCGGCACGUGCGCGAACUGACACAAAGAGUGCUGGAUGCGGGCGAACAAUUCAAGACAUUCUCUUCCUGCGAGCUGCAACUAGUCCAUGCGGCAUGCUCUGCAGUCUUCCAUGAUUUGAAUGCUGUUAAACACGUCAACCGAGGUCUCCUUACGCAAGUGGAAGUCGUACAAGAGAAGGUGCAUGAAUACGACGAGUCGGCAGCAUCUGACGACUUGUACGAGAAGAAGCUGCUAAAACUGCGGAACUUGCAGCGUCAAGCAAUGGAGUCAGCCGAUGCGAUCAGCAGAAUACGACGGUCGAUGGUAGCCAAAGAGAAGGCGCUGAAGGAGCACGAACCUGCCGUGGAGGCGUGGAAGGAAGUGGCGGCAGAGAAAGCAAGGACAGAACGGACGCUCAAGCAAAUUCUAGCUCAACUGGCUAAAGUGCACCACGACCAAGUUGCGUUGGAGAAGAAACAUACUUUGGCCAUGGAGAAGGCCAAACGCACGCUGCUACACACCCAGAAGCAGUGCGAUAUUGCGCGAAAAGACCUUUAUCGCCAACAAUUUGCAGUCGAGAACGUGACAAGCGCGAUGAAAUCCUUGUCUUCAUGCGCUAGCAAGCUCAUGCUUUCGACAGUCCAGCCUUCGACGCAGCUUUCACGAAGCCAUGACGACGCUGUGGUUGCACCCCGGCGACAAGCAGGUGCUAACCUUCGCAACACAACCAAGGGUCUUGGCAAGAAGUGA